AUGAUGGCAACGACUCAACUACAAGAAUUCCAAGAACAUCUCCUUAAAUCUAAAAAAAUAGUUGCAUUAGUAGGUGCCGGACUCUCAGUAUCGUCAGGACUUCCCACAUUUCGAGGUUCACAAGGAUUAUGGAAGAAUUUCAAUAUGAUAGAUCUAGCUACCCCAGAUGCAUUCUAUAUUGACCCGGGGUUAGUUUGGCAAUUUUAUUCAUGGAGACGAUAUGGGGCCCUAAAAGCAAAUCCGAAUCGUGGUCAUUAUGCCUUGAGUAAAUUAUCUCAAUUGAGUAAAGAGAACAAGAAUUUUAAGUAUAUUACCAUAACCCAGAAUGUUGAUGGUUUGCAGAGUCGAAGUGGACAUUUGAAGGAAAAUCUUUAUGAAAUUCAUGGAUCUUUGUUUACGUUAAAAUGUACUAGUUUUAUGUGUAAUUAUGUUGAGAAUAAUAAUUUUAAACAACCAUUAACCAAAGCGUUAUCAGAUACUGAGUUUGAAUUUGAUAGAACGGCUCGGAAUAGGAAACGAACAUUGGGAGAAGAUGAAAAUGAAGAUAAAUUGCUAUCUCCUCAAUUGAAACCGGUCAAAACAUUACUGGAAAAAGAAUUACCACGAUGUCCGGUCUGCCAGGGACUUCUACGUCCAGGAGUAGUAUGGUUUGGAGAAUCCCUUUCGUUGAAUAUGAUUACGAAAAUCGAUAGUUUUAUUGAACUGGAAAAUCAUCCUGUGGAUUUGAUUCUUGUCAUUGGUACUAGUGGAACUGUAUAUCCGGCAAAUAGUUAUGUUGAUCGAGUGAAAUUAAAAGGAGGAAAAGUGGCUAUUUUCAAUACUGAUAUUGAGAAUGAUAUUGUGAUGGGAAAAGUAAAAGAUACUUGGGGAUUUAAAGGGAAUGCAGCUGAAUUAUUACCAUUAGCAUUGAAACCAUUAAUAGGUGAAAUAUAA